AUGAGCAAGCAGGCGAAGCGACGGGCUCGGAAGCAGCAACGCAAGCAGGAGGCCGCGGUCAUUGCAGCAGCACAGUUACAAAAGCCGCAGCCGGAGCAGCAGCAGCCACCGAGGGAGCAACAGUCACCAAAACGCAGCAGUAGGCAGCCGGACGCGCUGGAGGUGGAAACCAUCAACUCCACCACCCAGAAGGACAUCAUGCGUAUUCUGCAGGAAAAGCUCGGGGAUGACCGGCAGAAGGUCGUGCGCACGAGGACGAACUUCCAGGGGAAUAUUCUUCUGGAACUCUCCUGCACAGACCACGCGGAAACCCUGGAAAUGUGGAAGAGGGUAUCGGCUGCGCUGGAGGACAAGGCAAAAGUCCGACCAAGGACCCCCACAACCAGGCUGAUCUGCACCAACAUCCCCCCAAGCUGCUCAAACGAGGAGAUCGCCACGGACCUGAGCGCCGCCCUGGGAGUGACGCUGUACGCGGAACAGAUCAGCACCGCCAAUUCCAGCUACGGAACGCUAGUAGCGUUCUUCGGCUGUCCGGAAGCGGCGGUUACAGAUGCGGUUCUGCAAAAUCAGCACGUCAUCGGGUUCAGUCGGUGCUGUCGGCUGAAGAAGGUGGAGGCGAAGCGCCAGUGCUACCGCUGCUACGAGUACGGCCACAUUGCGUCCCACUGCCGUGGAAAGGACCGGUCGAGCAAAUGCCAUCGCUGCGCAGAACCAAAACACACGGGACAGUGUGUUAAGGAGCGGAAGUGCCUAGUCUGCAAGGGCCCGGAAGCAAUCGGGCACUCGUUUGGACAGCGCCAGUGCCGCCAAGUAGGAGACGUAGUACCUUCACGGCCCAACCGGCGCGCCUAA